UUUGUCAUUGAUGGUAAUCUACGCAUAGGUUUUCUCUUUCUGCGCCACCCUCUUUCUAUCCCUCUAGCUACUACCCCUCUCUCUCUCUCUUGAUUUCGCUCUCUAAAAACGAAGAUGACAUCUGACGAUUGGUUCACAGCAGCGUUGACGGACGAGGAACUGGUGGCGGAGCUGUUGCUUCGGCUGAAGCACUCACCGGCCUCUUAUUUGUCGCCGGCGGCGAAUUUGCUGCCGUUCUGUUGGGGACACAAACAGCCGCGUUCCAGACUGCCGACGAGGAAGGAGAAGGAAAGGGAGCUGACGAGGUGUAGCCCCACCACGCCGCUUUCCUGGAGCGCCGGCGCCGCCUCCACCAGCGACGGUUACGACGAAUCCAGCUGGCUUCAUCCCCACCGGUCCUCCACCGACAGAUCUAAGGGUACAUUCACAAAUGAAAAUACUACCACAACCAACAACAAGAGAUCAAGAAGAAAGAAGACAUUUUCUGAACUUAAAGAGGAAGAAAGUUUGCUGUUGAAUGAAAGGAUACACUUGAAGAAGGAGUUAGUAACACUAUGCAUAACACUUGAGGAACAAAGAGCCCAAAGUGAUAAAUUGAAAAGGAUCAAGCUUGAUAUGCAAUUGCAAGCAGCAAAUAAGAUGGGCACAAUUUCACAUGAACCUGAGGGAGCAAUUUCCACUCAACACAAUCUAAUAGAAGCAUCCGCUCGUGAUCAUUUUCCGCUGUUGCCAACACAUGCAGCAGCUGAUUCCUGCAAAGAUCAAAGCGGCAUUGACACCUGGGAAAGUGGCUUUAUUCUACCGGAUCUAAACAUGACGCCAGCUGAGGAUGAUUUUGACUCUCAGACUCUAUAUGGGAUGAUGAGCUGAGAAGAGACACUGUGAUUGUUCCUCUUCUCUUUUCAAAAGCAAGUGGUUGUGGUAUUUAUAAAUGCUUUUUUGGUUCAGUAAUGACAGUCGGAUGGACCUGGCUUCGCGAAUGGCCAACGAGCUAUUUGUAGGGAGCAGACACUAGUCUUCUUCUACCUUAGGUGAAGUCAUGGGUACAAGGACUCAACAUGCUCAAAUUGGCAAUUCUUGUGAGGCAGAAGAAGCUGGCAGGUCAUGAAAGUAUUCAAGGUAGUGUAGAGAUCCUAGCGGGUAGACAGGUAGAUAAUUUUAAUUUAACCCAGUUUUUAUUUAUUUAUUUAAUUUUUUUGGAUAAACCCUAGUUACUUCACUCAAAAUAUAUAUUUGACAUAUUGUAUCUUAAAGCCUUUUUAGGUAUACAGUUGUUAGAGACAUGAGGAAAUUAAUAGUUGAUUAAUAUCACAAUUUUGUUUUUUCUCA